AUGACGAUCCCCGAAAAGGAGGACCUCUUGCCUUCCACGGUGGUGCAUCCCGCUCCGCCAGAGCGUUUCGCUCUCAAAACCCGCCGCCGAAACAUAAGAAAGUCGAGGCUCUUCAGAAUCGUACUCCUCUCUUGUAUCCUUCUCAUUGCCUACACCCAAUUCGAGCAGCUCCGCGGCCUGCGAUCUUCGUCGCGCGCUUCCAAGCUAUCGGUCACGCGACUCCAAGCAAACCUCGAGACGUGCAAGAAGCUCAGGCAUAAACCGCAAGACCCCAGCGGCCUUGGUCGGGAGCAGAAUGGCCGCUUCGUUAAUGGCACGAAACCGACCCUUAUCCGUAAUGCGACGGUUUGGGUCGGUGAGCCCAAGGAGGGGACGAGUGAGGAGGAUGCUCGUGCCGGCAAGGGUUAUUCCUGGAUAAGGGCGGAUGUGUUCGUCGAUCGCGGUUUAAUCCAAAAGGUCGAGGCUGGGAUCUCGCUCGAUUCUUUGCCCUCGGACACGCAAGUUUAUGAUGCUCAUGGGCGACAAUUGACGAGCGGCAUUAUUGACAUGCAUAGUCAUGCUGGCGUUGACUCCCUCCCCAACAUCCGCGGAAAUGAUGAUACUAAUGAAUUGUCCGACAAUAUCACGCCCUACGUCCGCUCCUGGGAUGCCAUCCAGCCCUUGGACCACCAGAUUCAGGUCAUCAAAUCGGGCGGUGUCACGACGAGCUUGGUCCUCCCCGGCUCCGGAAACAACAUUGGCGGCGAGGCCUUCCUGAUCAAGCAUGCUGUCGGUAAGCAUGACGGCCGCAGUGAGCUCAGCAUCAAAGAUAUGUUUGCCGAUCCCAACCAAACCUGGCGUUAUAUGAAGAUGGCGUGUGGCGAGAACGCCAAGCGUGUUUACGGUCGAAUUGGCCGUGGGCCAUUCAGUCGUAUGGGCGAGUCCUGGCACUUCCGUCAUGCCUUUGAACAGGCAUCAAAGCUUGUGAGGGACCAGGACGACUGGUGUGAUGAGGCUGAGGCCGUUGGUAUUGAGAAGAUCUCUCGAUACCUGCCCGAAGAACUGGAGUGGGAAUCUCUCGGUGCUGUUCUCCGUGGCCAUGUCCAUGUGAACACUCACUGCUACACGGUACCUGACCUUGAGAGCUUCGUGGACCAUACCAACGAAUUCAAAUUUUCUGUCCGGGCCUUCCACCAUGCGCAUAGUACUUUCCUCAUCCCAGAGGUUCUGAAACGUGCUUGGGGCCAUACACCCGCUUCUGCCAUAUUUGCGGACAAUAUGUACUACAAGGCCGAGGCCUACGUCGGCUCAGAGUAUGCCGGUAAGAUUCUCUGGGAUAACGGCCUAGAUACGGUGUACGUCAGCGACAACCCCGUCCUCAACGCUCAGCAUGUCGUUUUCGAGGCCGCAAAGGGUUACAAAUACGGCCUGCCGUAUCAUGUCGCUCUCUCUAGUGUAACAUCAACGCCGGCGCGCUACCUCGGUAUGGGCGAGAGGUUGGGCAAGAUCAAGCCGGGCUUCGACGCCGACAUCGUCGUCUGGGACAGUGACCCGCUGAGCGUUGGUGCCUCCCCUGUCCAAGUUUGGAUCGAUGGCAUCGCCCAAUUCAACGACCCUGUCCAGUUGGACAAACCUGUCUCGGCCCCUAUUGUGCCCGAUGAGAGCCUUAGCCAGAUUCCAGAGAACCCGGCCUCCCUAAAGGAUGUUGUAUUUACGGGCGUAUCUCGCAUGCUUCUCUCUUGGAGGGCAUCGGCCGAGGGCUCCCUUACGGUCAUUGUUAAGGACGGCAAAAUCUCAUGCAUUGGAAGGUGUGAGUCCGAGCUACAGGCGGCCUCCGAGUCAGGAGUCAAGGUUAUCAAUCUGAAGAAUGGAUACGUGACUAACGGCUUCACUGCCUUUGGUUCGCUGAUUGGUCUUAAUGAAAUCGAUAUGGAGAGUGACACGGACAAUGGCGCCAGCGAUGGCAGAACCUUCAGCCGUGGCAUUGAUGGCCUCGCCCUCGAUAGCAAGAAACUCAACGUCGCUCACCGGUACGGUAUCACCAAGGCCAUUACAGCGCCCAAGCACUCUAGUGGUAUUGCACGUCACGGAACUAGUGUUGGGUUCCGAACCGGCGCUGAACAUGCCCUGGAAGAUGAUGCCGUCUGGUCGGAAGACGUUUCUGUGCACUACACGCUUACCUUGGACGCCAAGACUGGCGAUACACCCUCUAUUUCGAGUGCUGCGGGCGAUCUCAGGUCGAAGCUCCUCGCGGCCAUAACUUCCGCGGACAAGAUUACGGAUCCUUACUCGGAGAAGGCGUUCCUCAGAAAGGUCGUCAAUGGCGAAUUACCUCUCGUGCUAUCCGCUCACAGCGCGAGUGCCAUUGCGGCCAUCAUUCGCCUAAAGUCUGACGUUGAGACGGCAAUCGCCCAGGCAAACUCGGACAGAAGCAAGCUUCGCGUCGCCAUCCUCGGCGGUGCAGAAUCCCACAUCCUCGCCAAAGAGCUCGCACGCGCUGACAUCGGGGUCGUCCUCGCUCCCCUCCUUCCUUACAGCACCUCAUGGGAACAGAGGCACUCUCUCACGGGCGCGCCUCUGACGAACGGCACGGCCGUUGACGCGCUUCUGGACGCCGGCGUCGUGGUGGCCAUUGGACUCUACGAGGACUGGGUCGUGCGGGAUCUGGCGUUGUUUGCGGGCAUUGCGUAUCGUAACGGCGAGGGACGCCUGAGCGAGAGGGCGGCCUUGGAUCUGAUCUCGGCUAAUGUUUACAAGGUGCUUGGGAUUGAGGAGCCUAAGGGGACUGGGACCAGCGACUUCGCGGUCUUUGAGGGGAAUCCGUUGGAGAUUGGAUCGAGGAUUAAGGCUGUGGGAGGAGGAAGCGGAAAGAGAGUAAAAUCGUACAUGUCGACCUAUCUUCGGAGAGGCCUCAUCGGCGCGUUUGUGUGUCUUUUGAUUGCCGCGAUAUUUCAGUACACCAGCACCAAUACGAAUCUGGCGCUGUUUAAGAGGGUUCCUAAAGUUUCGGUUCCUGCUGCGGCUCCCAAGGUCACGAUGACACGAGCACCAGUAAUUGCUCUGUCCCACGGCGGUGGCCCUCUUCCCGUCCUCGGCGACCCAAUGCACAAAGACAUCGUCUACUCCCUCAAACACCGAGUCCCCAAGCUCCUCCGCCUCAACACCCCGGAAGCCCCCCGCGCUAUCGUCCUCGUAACAGCUCACUGGACCACCUCCACCCCCAUCAUCAGCUCUGGCGCCAAGCACGAUCUCCUCUACGACUAUUAUGGUUUCCCCAAGGAGAGCUACUCCCUCAGGUACGAUGCGUCGGGAGCGCCCGAUGUCGCGCAAAAAGUCGCCGCCGCGAUGGAAAAAGAAGGGCUCGAGCCUGUCCUCGACCCCAAGCGAAAGUGGGAUCAUGGCGUCUUCAUCCCCAUGAUGCUGAUCAACCCCGAGGCCAACGUCCCCAUCGUGCAGGUCUCCGUGCUCAAGUCCGAGGACCCGGCUCAGCAUUUCGCCAUGGGAAGGGCGCUCCAGAAGCUCCGCGACGAGAACAUCGCCGUCGUCGGCUCCGGAUUCGCGUCGUUCCAUAAUCUGCAAAAGAUGGGUGAGCUCAUGAUGAGUCGCCAGCUAGGCGGUGCUCCGGCGCCCUUUAAGAAGCGGUCGGAUGAGUGGAAUAACGCCCUGACGGAAGCCGUGGGCAAGAACUCUACGACGGAGAGGUUGGGAGCGUUGAAGGGGUGGAGGAAGUUUCCGUAUGCGGAUGAGAUGCAUCCCAAGUAUGGUGGGGAGCAUUUCUUGCCUUUGCUUGUCUGUUCUGCGGCGGGCGGAGAUGAGGCGACGGGGAACUAUGCUGAUGAGUUUAUUGGCAUUGAUGUGUUUACAUAUUACUGGGGAAACAAGCUUGAUUAA